AUGAGAUGUCAACAGGUAAGAGUUAGAAUGAAAAAUAAUUUUUCAUUUUUCGAAGGACUCGAUGAGUUUUUCGAAAAAGAAGAAACAGAAGACGGUGUCGCCGGCGAUGCGGUGCGGUCGAGGUGGAUUGCGUGUGUGCGAUGGCGGGUAGCGCGCUGUCACGGACGCGGUCACCGCCAACGACAGGAGUCACGUGCUGCUGUCCGGGUAGCGCUAGCAGUGAAGGGCCAGGAGGUCCGGGUAAGCAGCCCGGUGCGACAGAGGUGCAGCAGAUGGGUCGUCUCUGGUAUGUAUGUGUGUGCGUGCCCGGUGGAUGUGGGAUGUCGACGGUGUAGCAUAAGGAACUGCUUGGCGAUGCCCCGUCGCUGCAAUUGUGUCCAUAUGCGACAAGUGCUCGUGGCCGGGCUAUUGGUAUGCCCGCUGGCAAUAAAGGGACCGCAUUCACUACAUCGUUGUUACCCGCUCUCGCUGUGCCUCGCUUUGCCCAGCAUCGAAAGUGUCCUCAGUUCGAUCGGAGAAGCAAGACACCGCUACCUACAGUGA